AUGAGGUACAGCGAAGAGCUGAAGCAUCUCCCGCCAGCCAUUCUGAACUCUUUGGACGCACAAUAUGAGGUAUUGCCCUCGCCCUGGGGAGAAUUCAUGAAUGCGCUCGGAGAUUUUACCAACAUUUUGAUCAACAGCUAUCUGCCGUCUAAUACUGUUAGAAAGCGUUUAACACCAAGUAUUGGCCGCAUAACUCCAUGGAUUAUUGAUGAGCUCGCAGAUGCGUUUCGCACUGUGCUCCCAGAAUGUGAAGAUCGCUGGACUAGUAUCAAAGCCCAUCAAAUGUUCGUCCAUCUGAUUGCUCGGUCAACAUCUCGAAUCCUGACCAACUCUCUCCGUCGCAAUGAACAAUGGCUCGAAGUCGCAAGUAAUUACUCUGUCAAUGUGGGUAUCACAAUUCUUCUCCUGCGGCCUUUCCCACACUUUUUGAGACCUUUCGUCGCUCCGUUUCUUCCUUCGGUCCGGCAAAUGAAGAAACAUUUACGGACCGCUAAAAGCCUCUUCAUCCCCAUCAUUCAAGAGCGACGUGCUGCCGAAGCUGCUGGAGACCCUCAAUACGAGAAGCCGGACGAUUUUUUGCAAUGGAUGAUGGACAUGGCGGAAGACGAACAAGAUCUCGACCCAGAAAUUAUGGCCCAUCACAAUCUGAUCUUGACCAGCUUGGCUGUGGUGCACACGAGCUCUGUCGCGUUGUGUCAUGUUCUCUACGAUCUCAUUCAACAUCCCGAAUACAUCGAGCCUCUUCGAGAGGAAAUGGCGAGGACGUUGAGCAAAGGGUGGGAGCAUGCCAACAAAGCAUCCUUUGAUGCUCAGAAACGUUUGGAUAGCUUUCUGCGCGAAUCCCAGCGUUGGGGACCCCCGGUGAAUACGGUCUUCAUCUUCCAAAAGGACCCCAAGGAUCGUGACGUACUCAAGGUUUCGAGUCUGCGGUCGAGCAAUCAAAUUGGCAACGAGGCAAAGACACCAAGUGGAGUUGAUUCGAACGCAACACCAGUCACGAGCUUCAUCAGUAUCAGCCCGUCAAACAUGCACUUUGGAUUCGGUCGUCAAGCUUGUCCCGGUCGGUUCUUUGCUGCCAAUACUAUCAAGGCCAUCGUGAGUCGUCUCAUCAUGGAGUAUGACUUUAAAUUCGAGAAAAAUCAGGUCGGCUGGAGACCUGCGAACAUCGGAAUUGGCGAGCAUGUCUUUCCGAAUACCCAGACAGUGGUCUUGCUCAGAAGGCGGCAGAAAGGCAUAUGA